CUCGCUCAUACACCCAAGCCAUUCACCACGCGCUAUGAAACGCGCACUCGCCUACUGUCAUUCUUUUUUCUCCUCCUACCUCUUGAUUCCCUUGGCUUCUUCUUGAACACUUCCACCACCUUUCUCAUCUCUUUCCUCCCGCAAGCCGCUUACCACUACACUUGAAUCUAGGAUCUAUCAUUCCCGACUCUUCAUCUCUUUACGAGACAUCAUCCAAACAUCUGGUUGCAGUUUUAUGCUGCCAAGUCACAAUGUCCUCCACGAUUCAUCCCCAGUACUUCUGUACUCGUCCUAAUGGCACCUUCACUCCCCUUAUCGCCGUGGAUGAGCUCCCCUCGCAUAUCUCGAUUCGUGGAGCUCCCCGUGUGCUAGCAGCCAGUGAAACCCAAGGAAUGACGAGCCUUGGGAUUGUACAGAUGAGGCCCCAGUCUUAUGUUGUCGAAGGAGUUGGCCCCGCUUCCACUCGAGAGACGUCCACGAGUUCGACCGGACACCGCACCCGUGACUCUGAUUUACAGGCCGCGUUGAUGAGAGUCCUUUCCGAUGAGUGUCUUCCGACCAACGAGCGUCGGGCUAUUACAACGCUGAUACAGCAUGGUCUUUCUCGCGGCAUGUUUACGCCCAGUUCCUCCAGUAACGGUUGGUUGGUGCCUAAUAGUGGUGGUAGUAUUGCUGGCAAUGUGGGUUCUAGACAAGGACCUCACUACAAUACCAAGAAAGAAUACUGUUCGUACUGGAUUCGCCAUGGCGAGUGUGACUAUUCACAACAAGGCUGCCUUUUUAAACAUGAGAUGCCUGGCGACCCGGCGAUGCUCGAGAAGCUUGGCCUCCGUGACAUCCCCCGCUGGUAUCGUGAGAAGUAUGGCAUUCCCAGCCUGAUACCGAAUGGACAUGUUCAUCCUCGUCAUCAAAUCGGUCAUGCUCUGCCACUGACGGACAAUGGGGGUUUCGGAGCGGUCCACAACCCAUCUCGCCUCGGGGCAAACAUCAUCUCGGACAUCUCUGAUUUUGAGAGGAACCCUCAGCAGAAGACUCAUUAUGCUAUUCAGCACUCACCAGCUGCACUUCCUGGAUCGUCGCGGCCUGUCUAUGCCGCCGCAGGACCGUCCAGGGCUCAAAUGCCCCAGAGACACGGAGCAAAAAAUUCUUCGAAAAUGGAUCUUUUAUCCUUCGACCCUCUUCCAGAGUACCCCAGCUACACAUCCAUGGAAUCUGCGCCCGGGAAGAUGCGCGCGCUGGCCAACGCAAAUGGCACCGCCGCCUUUGCGAGUGUCAACAGCGAGCGUGAGGACUUCGUCCGCAGUAUACAAUCUCUAAUGCCGACUCCAAUGUCCGGGAGCUCGGAGUACCUGCUGGCCGGUGGUUCUCCCUAUAAGCCUCGUUCCAAGAAGGCACAAAAAUCCCGCCGGUUGUAUCAGCCUCGGCCUUCUGUCCUGAAGCAGGAGUCCGAACCUGAAGCAAGCGAAGUAGAUGCAUUCAGGGGGGAUUGUAGAGGCUAUGGCACUGCUCCGCCGAGCGUUGCAUCUCCCAUUUCCAAGGUUGACCACCCAAGCCCGAACAUCCGGUCUGCCCUAGAUAGCGCGUCCGAGCCGGCUACUCGCGGUGCCUCCCCUUUAACCCAGUCCGGCACUGCAUCUUCGGACUCGAGUCCCGAUCUUGUCCGCGACCGACAGAAAGAUAAAAAAGAACACAAAGCGACCUUCGGCGCUAUAGGUACUAAGAGAGGGUAUGGUAAGUCGUGUGACGGGUCCUUCGAAGUUGAUCUGUUAGGCCUGGGCACCAAGGACGAUGAAAAGCCCGGGCGCCCAACGAAUCCCGCUGCUUGAGUAGUCCUGCACUGCUCAAGACAAUUUCAAUUAAAUAUGAGACGUAACUAUACAGGGUCUCGAUCCUUUAUGAUAUGAUACACGACACGGCGAGUACUAGUCAAACUAAAUAUACUUACAAAGUUGAUGAGUCCGGCAGGUGUGGGAUGGCUCAAGGAUGCCAGGUCAUUAUAUUAUUGCCAUCAGCAUUUAGUUCUCUCUGGUUCUCAUCUGUGUCCAGACCAGAUGUCUCUCCUUUCGUUCAUGAUCUAGG